ACUUUAAUAUAAUGUUGUAUAUUAUAAUGUUAUUUAAUUUUUCACAAACGUGAGACGACAAAAUAUUUCCAGUAUUAACUUUUGUAUUUUCUUAAACGAAUUUCCGCUAAUAAAAUAAAAAAUUAAAACGAGGACGUUAGUAAUUUUUUUUUUUAGAUAAUCUAAAAAAUCCAAUUCCGGUUGUUCGUAUCGUUUUGUUAUUUGGGAAGGAUAAAGAAAAUAUUUGUUAAUUGUAUCGAUCGAUAAAUAAACCAUUUUCCCAAAAUGCCUAAAAAAUUCGUCGGAAUGAACUCCAAAGCUAUGGAAGCCAAAGCUCGGAAAGACGCUUUGAAACAAGAAGCCGAUGCUAAUAGAAAAAAGGCUAUCGAAGAUGAACUGUGGAAAGACGACGACAAAAAUGUUGCCAGAAAACUAAAGAGAAAAGAGGAAAAAGAGAAGAAAAAAAUUGAUCACAUGGAAAAAAAACGUGAAGCACAAUUGAUAUUAGAGGCAGAACUUCAAGAUAUUAAAACCAAACAGGAAAAUCAAAAAGUUACUCGUCAUCAACUUAUGAAAGAGCUUGAGAAGCCUUCGAGUCCGAAAUCAAUCGAUACGGAUGAAUAUGAAACGCCUAUUGAAGAAAAUCUCAAUCGUUUAUCCAUGCACGACGAAGAAGCGAGGACGGUUGAUGAAGCCCUUCAUAUGCUUAACCCUACUCAAAAGUUUUUGGAUAAACAUCCGGAAAAAAGACUGAAAGCCGCGUACACGGCUUUCGAAGCCGAAAAUCUUCCUCGAUUAAGAGCUGAAAAUCCAUCCAUGCGUUUAUCUCAAGUGAAACAGCUCCUAAACAGAGAAUGGAUGAAAUCGCCAACAAAUCCUAUAAACCAAAAGUAUAUCAACCAAUAAUUAAAAACUUGUUUGCUAAACAAGAAAAUCUUCUUACGAAUGCCAUGCUAUUUCUUUGCUAAAGAGUCUUGAAAAGGUAUACGUGAUUUUUAACAAGAACGUCAUGUUCAUUUGCUCAGUUCUUUUCAUCAAACGAUCAUCUCCCAUGACAUGCUUUACUAAACAAAAAAUUGUACAUGCCUAACUUGACUUAUUAUCUUGGCAUACUUCAAAAGGGUCUAGAAUGCUUAUGGUGUAAGCCAUGAAUAGUUCUGGUCAGGUAUGCAUACUAAGUUUACUUGAGUAAACCGAUAAUUUAAUAUAGAUUACAACAAAUUUAUCAUAACUCUGUAAACGUUUUAAUUUACAAUAACAGCUACAAUAUUAAACUAUAAUUGG